UGUAGGAGGCUAAAGGGGCUGGUAGGAGGUUUGUGUUUUGAACGUUUGUGGGAGCAACUGAAAAGUUUUGUAUAUUUUGAAUAAGGUCCUAUAUUUUAUUCAAGUUGCAGUACUGUGAAAAUAUAGACAAUAGUUAAGAUGUUAUUGACCGCUCAGAAGCAGGAUCUCCUGAAACGCCUAAAAUGCGGACAUAUACGAAGUGUAGUAAAUGAUGUGCAGGGAAGUUUGAAAGAUGAAGAAUACCGAGAAAAAUUAGCACUUUUCUUGCUUUGUGGAGUUUCCAGUGUAAUAACAAAUGGAGACAAUGUAGAUCUAACAGCAGAAGAUAUUUACCAGCUGUGUUGCAUGUGUUGCAAGACUCUUGAUGUUGAGAAUCUCACUACUGACAAAUAUAAGUUUUUGUGCAGUUUAUAUCAUAUAAUCAAGUACCUUGUUAAUAAGGGCAGCAUAGAAACAGCUUUAAAGUUAAGCAGUUUUGUCUUUAUGACAAGAUGUGAAGUGAAUGAUGAAGAAGUCUGUAAUGUAUAUUGCAACUACCAUUAUCUCUUUCAUCGUGUAGUUGCUGCUAAGACACAGCAGUACAUGGAAGAAAAAGCAGACUUAUCAGUGGUAUUUAACAUCUUGAUACAUUCUGUGAAGUUUCUGAAAUGCUGCAUGGGAAAAUACUUGUUACAUAUUCUGGAUAGAGCUACAAAUUUUGUUCAUGGUAUAAAAUUGACAGAUGAUAAACAUCAUCUACAAAUUGUUCAGUUACAGAUUGACAUUUUGGAAUUGACGUACUGUAAAACACCUGAGAGAUGUAUGAAGAUAGGCAAUGAGAGUAUAUACAAGUCAUACAUAUCUCUUUUAUCUUCCAUAUUGAAAAGUUUGUUUGAUGCAAAACUGCUUAUAAAAGCAAAGGAUGUUGUGAAUAAAACUGUUGAGUGUAUUGUUACAUGGACCAGAAAUGAUGAAGUUAGUAACAAUUGUAGCACAUUCCUUCAAGAUGUUCUUCAUCUACUUUUUGAAAGACCACUUAAUUUUGCAAACAAAUUGGAAGCUUGCACCAUAGUCUUUGAAUCUUUGGUGCUUAAAUACAGGAACAGCAAGAUCCUGAGUUGGACAUGUGUAACGAUAGCUCACGUGCUGCACAGUGUGAGUUUGUACUGGACUUCACAGUGUGCUGAGGAGUGGAAUCAGUACAUGUCUCUUAAUGUACAGAAAGCUUUCAUUCAUUUCAUAUCCUCCCUUUCUGAGCUGCUUCUGACAAGCCAAUGUGUGAAGUGCACACUGCCUUCUGGUGAAGAUUGUCCUGUUAAUAAUGACACAGUAUCUUCAGUAAAUCUUCUUACCAUCGUGAUUAGCUGUGUGAUGUCAUCAGUUGUCAAUAAGUCAGAGGGAUUUGCAAAGCUGUUAUUUGAUGCAAAAACUGCUUUGAAUGAAGCCAUUGCAAGAAUAAAGGUACUCAAACAAGCAGACUGUCCUAUGUGGAAAUAUGUCUGGAAGAGGCUUGGGAUAAAGAUGUACAAUUUGGGUGUUCACUGUAAUUCAGCUGAAUUAAUAUAUGAAGCCAAGGAGGUUUUUUCAAAGUUCUGCUGGACAUGUAUUCAGUUGGGAGAGCAACCUGCAUCACCUGAGGUUGAGAAUGGAAUACUAGACAGAGUAAUGACAUACUUGAUGCAGAUUUACAGAGAUCUGAAAAAGUAUCGAGGAGCCCUGCGGAUUGCAGCCAUUGGUAUGGUUAUUUUACCAGAUUUCAAGGAAAAAUUUGUGCAACAGUGGGCAAAAAUUAAGAACUAUGCACUUACUGAGAAUUGUAAGGAUGUUCAGAUAUUGACAAUUUAUGACAUUUUAAAGGAAGACGGAAAGAUUGGAAUAUUAUGUCCAGAUAUUAGCCUUGAAGCAGUUAAUUUUCAACAGUUGUUGAUUUUGGAGUUGGAAGCCUACAGUUUAUCAAGUUUUUCGAGCUGGCAGUGUGUUCAGGCUGCAUAUGACAAGUUCUGUGAGCUGUCACCAAGCAGCAGUAUCCACAUUAAAGGGCUCUUGGCAUAUCUUCCUUCUCUCUGGAUAAGUGGCAGUACUGAUGAAUGUACACAGACUAUACGCUCAGCAAAGAAUAUCCUGCAAACAAUGCAAAUAGAAAGUCAAAAUAUCAAAUGGGAAAAAGAACACCUGUGUUUGCUUGGAAAUUUAUACUACUGGCUUUUCUUAUGUCAGCUAAAAGUCACACGAUCAAAGCAAGAGGAAGAGAUUUUGAGCUCCAAUAUAAUUCCAACCAAGAUGCAGUCCCAGCAACAAGACAAUCACGAUCCCCUAGAGACAUGUGACGUAACACCAGCAUAUAGGAACCUCUCUCUUGAAAAUGAGUCAAAGACACUUGAAACCCUGAACAAAGCUGUAACCUGCUGGACCAAUGCACUUCAGAAUGGGUUCAGCACUGUUACUGAGAGGGUGGACCCGCUACCCAACAUAGAAGUGGCAGCUUCUCUGUAUCAACUGUAUGGCUAUGUUACACAGAAAAUGAGGACAUGGUGUCUUUAUAUUAAGUAUGCAGAAAUCCUGAACAACAAGGAAGCAAUGCUUCUUGGUCUGUGUCACCUGUUGGAAUGGUGUACUUGUGGUAUGGCAGAGUGUAAGUUACUGAUGGCAGCUGAGAACAUCACUGUGUUACUGAAGCUUGAAAGUAAUGAAGAGUUUCCUUCUCGGCUUUUGUUCCACAAGUACUGUCUUGCCCGGGGUCGACACUGUCUCAGGAAUGAGAAAUUUAUGGAGAUUGGUGAUUAUAUGGAGAAAUUGGUGGUGUUUACUAAACAAGAAAACAUUGAACAUUUUGCACAGAGUAUACUUCAUGUGCAAACGGUAUUCCUAAUCUCCCAGUGCAAAUGCUUGCCACGCCCCCACAUCGUGACCUGGCCAAGCAAGAGUGAGAUGGAUAUCUUCAGUGAAGCAACUUCCACAUACCGCAAAGCCAUGUCUCUCCUCAAGCAAGUCAGAAUGACACCAGCAGAGAAUGCUCAAGUGUUAAGUUUAAUGUUGGAGAUAUCUCUGUGGUUGGGCCAGUUGACAUUGGAACUUUUCUGGCCACGUGAAGCUCGUUGCUUUAUGAAAGGAGACCUUAUUCUUUCUCAGAAGCUGGGACUGGCUACUAGGACAGCACAGUUCCUCAAUGUAUUGGCACAAGUUGAUGCGAUGUGUUGCAAUGCAAAUGACUGCCAAGUGAAGCUUCAAGGCAUGGAAGGGUUGCUUCAGUUAGAGAGCAGGUUCCAGCCAUAUGACAUUGCCAGCAAGAAUCGGAAGAUAGAUGCAGACUCAGAACGCUGUCAUGAAUUAGAACAAAUGACUCUUGAGAGAUCUGCAAGGAUAGCAGAAUUCAGGGAUAUCCCAAAAGUUCCUUGGCGCAAUAGAAGUCCAUGUGGAUCACCUAAUCUCCGCAAACUUGUGUUUGUUCUUCCAAGCUUUGUGAAACACCCAACUGACUGCCAGUGUCAUAUGUGCAACACUCUUGCACUGCAAACUCUGGCGCUGAAUGCCGUCUGUAUCCAGGCUCAGGUGUACAAUAUUCAGUCUGAACUAAAGGAAGCGCUGGAGUUCUUUGAGGGUGGACUGCAACUGUGCCAGCAGCUCAUUUAUAAGCAACUUGAGCUCAUCAGAAAACUUAGCUCUGAGGUGCAUCAACUUGUGCUGGGUCAGGGAGACUGCAGUGAUUGCUUUCUACUUCUGCUUCACCCUCUGAAACUUGGUCGUGUUCAAGUGGCAAGAGGUUAUGCAGAUUUCUUGGCUGCAAGCAGCUCCUAUACCCAAGCUUGGAAACUGAAUGCAGAGGCUUUACAAGAGGUAGAGACGUUGAAGCUGGCACAUCCGCACCUUGCAGUUGAUGUAAUGGACCAGGCAUUUUGUAUUGAACAAGCACAAGCUUCUGCAUCAGAGCCAAAGAAAUACAAAGAAGAAUGUGAUCUGAAAGUACAAGAAACACCUAGACAAGUUGUUGAUGCAACCAUCAAGACACCCUUAAAUACCAGUUCAUUGUCCCAGUGUGUACGCCUUCCUCUUUCUGUUAGCAAUAUCAAGAAACACAAUCAUUCUCCAUUUAAAAUAAAGCCAAGAAAACUGAUCUUACCAGAGAUUGAGAAUGGUGAUCCAGGGAAAGAAAAUAAGCGAACAGCAAAUGGAAGAUCUGUCACAAAAACAAGAAUUCGUGCUCAUAAACAGAAAGCAUCAAAAACAGUGACUUUUUUUGAGGAUUCUCCAGCCGUUUCUCAAAGAGAAAAACUUCCAGCUAGCAAUUCAGGAGUGGCACAGAAAUCAAGUAGAGCUUUGAGAAGUAAAACAUCUCAAAAGGAGACCCAUUCAAAACAUGGGGUAUCUGAGCAUGAAUCACUUUCUAGUGUAUGUGAAGUGCUUGAAUUCAGGAUUGAUAGUCCUGGUAACCAUUUUGAAAUCCAUCAGGUUUCUUUUAACAGGAAACAAGAAAAUACCUCUGUCAGAAACAAGAAAACUUUGUCUCCAAAUGUAAUUGUUGAUGAAGAGACAAAUUUCAUAUAUCUUGGAUUGCAAGGAUUGGAUGUAUCCAUUAAUGACAUUAAUAAUGAAGUGUUUGAAACCACAGAGUCUCAACCUGUUUCAAAACAAGCAGGUCAAUUAAAUAGAAAGCCAAAUACAUCAGAAAACUCUUGUAAUAUCCAUGCACCUGAACUGAAAGCUCCUAGAUCAUUGAGGACAUAUUCUAGACAGAAUAAUAAAGCUCAGAUGAAGGAGAGAAGCCAAACAUUCAAAGAGGUUCUGAAUGAAGAAGCAGUUGUAAGGAGACCAAAGGAUGAUGACUCUAUGAGUGAAAAAAAUGCUAAGGCUGCUGGGAAACAGGCAUGUUCAUCAAGGAAAGCUGUCAAGAAAACAUCUGAUUCUUCACAGGUUGCAAGAAAGACAAGAGGUAGAGGAAAGUCUGAUUGUAGUCAUGCCUCAGAAUCAGAUCGAUGCAAAUCUUCAGAAAAGGAAAAUUCAGAUGAAGCUUUGAUAACACACAUGGAAAACCUUGUUUUAGAUUCCAGAAAAGACGAAUGUAGCAAUGCUAAUGAUGGUGAGAAAUUUAAUACAAAAAGUAAAACUUACAAAAAAACUAAUAAAGUAUCACAGUGUCUCUUCACACCAUCAAGAAAAGUUGUCAGAAAAGAGCAUGAUGAAACACUUGUGCCAUCAUCAUCUCCAGAUGAACAGCUUGAUGUAUAUGGAAGACAAACCAACAAACAAUCAAAGAAGGAAUGGAAAGAAAAAGUGAUCCCAUCAUCUGCUUCUGAAGAUGAAACACCAAAUCUGAAAUCAGAUAUCAGUAAUGAAGAAGAAGCAACACUUCUGAGAAUCAAGCCAAAAAAAGGAGUUUCAUCUUCAAAAAAGAGGCGAUUACCAGUGAGACAUCGUUUCAUUUUAAAUUGAUGUUGUGAAUUCUUGUAAAGCAGAGCAUGUGAUUUUGAAAAAUUUGUAAACACUUUUUAUUGUACGUAGUAUAUGAUUGUUUUAAUUAUGACAAUAUAGUUUCUCUUAUAGUGUGUUAAAUGGAGAACUGCAAUGCCUUCUUGAGACUAGAAAUAUUUAAAAUAAAACAUGUAGCAAUUUUCAGACAAUUUCUGACCUUGCUGCUUCUAACUAUGUGUCAGUUGUAUCCCAGAAUCUUUUCAAUUAACAUAUUUUGUUUUGUACAAGAUUCUUGUGGUUUAGUGAUAUGUCAGGAAAAUUCACCAGACUUUGAAAAUUUGUUUGCUACAAUAAAAUUACACUAUAGUAAA